AUUUGGAUUCUAGUGACAAUCCUAUGUUUUUCCAUGAAAUUUCCUAAAAUCAGCAUCGAUUCAUCAACCUUCCAAACCCUCCAUUUAUUUUUUAAAGAUUAAAGGUCUUGUAUAAGAACACCAUUCCCAUUUUUCAUUUUACAUCCCCAACUUCAUUAACAUAUAUAGAGAGUUUUCUUUACUCUCUCAAAAUAUGGUUCAUCAUUAUGUGAAGCUCAAACAUUGUGGGGUUUUGUUUGCAAUACUUGUAUGCUUUCAAAUCUUACCAUCUUCCUUUGGGGAUGAAGAAGGUUUGAUUAGGAUUGGAUUAAAGAAGAAGAAACUUGACCCAUUUGAGAUCAAUAGAGAGAAAAUUCUCUUUUCUUCUUUGAGAAAUCCAAUGGAGUUUAUAAAUGCUCAACAUUUUGGAGUUAUAAGUGUUGGAACUCCAUUUCGUGACUUAAAUGUCAUUUUUGAUACUUCAAGUUCCAAUCUUUUAUUCCCUUCCAUUGCUUCUUUCUAUUCCAAUCCAAAUCCCAAGUACAGAGCCAGAUACUCUGCUACUUAUAGCAAGAAUGGCUUUUUCAGCACGGAUCGUGUUAGAUUUGGGGACCUUGUUGUUAGAAAUCAGGAUUUUGUCGAGGCAAGUGUAGAUUCAAGAUUUGAUGGCAUUGUAGGACUUGGAUUUCAAGAUGUCUUUAACAAAAAUUCUUCUGUUCCUAUAUGGCAAAAUAUGGUCAAUCAAGGUGUUGUCAAUGAGCCAAUUUUUUCGAUUUGGUUAAACCGUAAUGCUGGAGAGAACACUGGAAAUGGUGCAAUCGUGUUUGGUGGUAUGGAUAGUCGUCAUUACAUAGGUGAUCACACUUAUGUUCCAGUCGAGAAUAGACACCAUAAUUGGCAGUUCGCAAUGGAGGAUGUCCUACUAAAUGGAAAAUCAAUGGGCUUCUGUUCGAAUACAAAUGGUUGCUCAGUAAUUCUUGAAUCCGGGACCUCUUUGUUGGCAGGACCAACGGAUGCAAUUGCACAAAUUAACCGCGAGAUUGGAGCUUUAGGGUUCAUAAGCCUAGUUUGCAAGUCAGUUGUGACACAAUAUGGAAAAACCAUUCUCGAUAUGCUUCAACAACAGGCUGAUCCUCAAAAGGUCUGCCCACAAAUUGGUUUAUGUACCGGCCUUUCAAUAGAUCUUGAAAGCAGAAUCGUCGGAAUAAAGAGCGUGGUGGAUGAGGAAACCGACGUGGAAGGAGGGCCGAACCUAAUGUGCACCGCUUGUCAAAUGAUCGUCGUGUUUAUUCAGAACCAUAUGAGACAAAACGAGACAGAGGAUCAAAUACUAACAUUUGUUAACCAAAUAUGUGAUAGGCUGCCUAAUAGUAAUUCCAUGGAAGAAUCAUCAUCAUCUGGUCUUGUUGAUUGUGAUUCAGUCUCUACAAUGCCUAAUGUUACAUUUACCAUUGGUGGUAAACAAUUUCAUCUUUUACCUCAUGAAUACAUUAUGGAAAUUGGGGUAGGACCUACAAGAAAAUGUAUAAGCAGAUUUACCCCUUUGGAUGCUUCUGCUGACUCAUCAUGGAUUUUGGGGGAUGUAUUCAUGGAGAAAUAUCACACAGUGUUUGAUCAUGGAAAUAUGAGAAUUGGAUUUGCUGAGGCAACUUGAAAAGAUUAUUAAUUAAUGUUCUAUUGGAAAUAUAUACACUGUUUUCUUAUUAUUUUUCUUAAUUUCUUCAAGUCUUUCCUUCUUUAGUAAUAUUUAGCAUCUUUAUAAGCAUAGAUGCAUGCAGUAAAGGUUUGCCAACAAUGCUUUUGUGUUCACAUUUUGAAUAAAUUAUUCUUGUGAAAUCCUUUUUUUACCAUUAAUAGUAACUUUAUGCAUUUUACUUCCA